AUGCUGUCGGUGCUAAUAUUAUCUACCCUGCUAGCGGCAGUGGCUACAGCCUUUGAUGCUGCUGGAAAUGAUAAUGUGGUUGUUUAUUGGGGCCAAAAUUCCGCUGGUGGCCAGAAUACCCAAGAAAGUCUUGCUUACUACUGUCAAUAUGAAGCUACUGAUGUCGUCGUUUUGUCAUUCCUUACCACCUUUUUUGGUACUGAUGGUCUUCCUGAGGUGAACUUUGCUGGUGCUUGCACUGGUCCUUCUUUCCCUGGUACUGGCUUGUUUCAAUGCGACCAAAUUGCAACUGAUAUUAAAACUUGUCAAGGACUCGGCAAGAAAGUGUUGCUAUCCUUGGGCGGUGCUUCUGGUUCAUAUGGAUUUACUUCCGAUUCUCAGGGUGAAGAAUUUGCUGAUACUCUGUGGAAUGUGUUUGGAGGAGGAUCUUCCGACACCAGACCUUUUGGUGACUCUGUUGUUGAUGGUUUCGAUUUGGAUAUUGAGAACAAUAAUCCUGUAGGAUAUGGUGCAUUCGUCACUCAAAUGAGAUCUCACUACAGUUCUGACACUUCUAAGCAAUACUACAUCAGUGGUGCUCCUCAAUGCCCAAUUCCUGAUGCUGGACUCAACACUGCUCUUACCACCUCUGACUUUGACUUUGUUUUCGUUCAAUUCUACAACAAUUUCUGCGGAAUGCAAAAUUGGCAAGGGUCUACUCCCGGUGCUAAUUUCAACUACGACAGCUGGGACACCUUUGUCAAGACUCAAUCCUUCAACAAAAAUGCCAAGAUCUACUUGGGAGUUCCUGCCUCUGCAUCUGCUGCUGGCUCCGGAUACCAACCUAUUGACGUCGUUUCCAGUGCUGCUAAAUACCUUCAAUCUACCUACAGCACAUUCGGUGGUAUCAUGAUGUGGGAUGCUUCACAAGCAUGGGCUAAUGUUGGUAGUGAUGGAAAUAAUUUCGCUCAAGGAGCCAAGGCCGCUCUUCAAGGAGGUGCUAGUGCACCUCCUCCCCCUGCUGUUUCCCCAGCUUCUUCACCCAUCUCAUCUGCCACCACUUCAACCAGCACAAUUGUCUGGUGGACUCCUCCAGCUGUCAGUUCAUCAACUCCAAUUGCAGUCUCCUCAUCAAUUGCUGUCUCCUCUUCAGUUCCAUUGUCCUCGUCCUCCUCGCUAGAACUCCCUUCGUCAACUCCUGUCGAGGCACCUUCCUCGUCAUCUACUUCCUCUUCCUCAACUGUCUGGUGGACCCCUUCAGCCGUCAGCAGCAGCUCUGUGCCAGCAUCCACUCCCUCGUCCAGUCCCGUCGAGGCCAGCUCGUCCUUUCUAUCGUCUGUGGUCAGCUCUCUGUCAAGCGUGCCACUCUCUUCUGCUGUCACUUCAUCUCCUGCUUCCUCCGCUCCUGUUUCUUCUGUGCCUUCGUCGGUUCUAAGCAGCAACAAUGCCGAAAUCAGCUCUACCCCCAUCUCCUCUGCUCUUCCCGUAUCCUCCUCUUCUAUCGCUCUCGGCUCUGAACAGGAAUCGUCGAGUACUCCAUCUUCAGCACCAGCUUCUGUCAUCGCCAGCACAUCCAGCCCGGCUGUUUCCUCAAUUCAAUCUGCCAGUCCGACUGCCAGUCCCUCAUCUGUCGCUGCAUUGACCACCUCACCUGCCAACCUCGUGCUGGCUGCUACACCCAGCUCCACCACUACAUCGAGCACCGCAAUCGUGACACCACAGCCACCGACCUACUUCUCGGCCAUUGGCCCUGACGGCUCCCUGGACUCGGUGCCCCACGAUGUCACCUACUACCUCACCACCAACGGCGAGGUCAUGGAGAUCGUUACCCACUACAACCCCAACCAAUACAGCACCCUGGUGCAAACCUGGACCACGGGCACCGCCAUCGUCACCGUGGCUGCCUAA